ACAUAGGCAAGGUUGCAUAAAUGGUAUAACGAUUGAGAAUAUUGGUCAGGUUCUUUCUGAAUCUUUUAACGCAUCAUUUGCAUUCCAACGAAAAUGAUGGCUAGCUUGGCGAAUACUGUUUUUAUGGCAUGUUUCAUGGCGAAUGUUUGCCUUGGUCAGCUUUGUGGGGAAAAUGUGUCGUAUGAACCACUAGAUAUAAUAAAAAUUAGUGAAGUGAUGCACGAUUGGUAUGAUGUGAUUGAUAUAAUUCCGAGCAAAAACAGAUUUGACUAUUGUCAUGAUAUUCGGAAUUUCAAUAAAGUUGACGAUGGCUUCAUUCUUACAAUGACACUACAAGUAGAAGGCCGAGCAACUGAAGACUCACUAGAUAGUUUGAUUCACUAUAUAGAUAAUGGAGAUGGGACGUAUACUGCAAAUCCUGAACUCAUUCCAUCGAUGGCAGCAAGUUCUAGAGAAUCGUUCAAGCAUAAACUCAACGUAACUGGGCUUCAAAAAGUGGAAGCUAUGAUAUACAAGAUGUCGACUGGAAAUUUUUUCUUCCUUACGGACUAUGAUGAAUACUUCAUUAUGGCAAAAUGUGCUCCCGAUUCUAAUCUGAUUGCCCUCGUCAAGCACAAGAAAAAGCAACCAACGGGAAAAGAUGUCGCGGACAUAUGGAAUGUAUUUUCCAACCACGGAGAAGCCCCUAUUACACACUGGGAAGGAUUUUGUACCAGAAGACGGUUCACAAAAUACGAAAUCGAAGAAAAAUAAUUUCUACUCAUGAAAUUGAGUAUUGAAGUACGAAACAUGGACUUCUGACUAAUAUCUUUUACAAUUCAUGUUAUAGACAUGAAAUAUAAUAUUGUUGCAUAAUAUCCAUCGGCCAAUGACCACACACAAAUAAAUGUGAUAUCAUAUUACAAAAAAGUAAUGUCGUACUGUUUCAUAAAUAUAAUGGAAAACCAUAACCUACAGCAGGGCUACUCAACUGGCGGACCUUUCGGGUAUUCGAUUCGGACAGCGACUAAUUCUUUAUUUUGAAUCAUUAGCCCCACUCUUGAAGUAUCCUUUUAUAAAAUCCCUUUUAUAGGUUUAAAUAUAUAUGAAAAAAACUAUAACGCAAUAAUAAACAAUUUUACAUAGCUAAUAUUCAUUUUAGUCUGCCGAGAGAGUGCGUGUUUAGGGAUGCCGGAAUAUAAUUUCUGGAAGGUCCGGACCCAAAUAUUUUUAAAGUUUUGUAUGCGAAUCUUCGGUAAAAAUAGUUGAAUAGCCCUGACCUACAGUACUAAAAAGAGUUUUCAUCAUCUAUGAAUCCACCUACACUUGCACCCAUUGACGUUUGCACUCAAGUACAUUUGCACGCGCAGAUUUUAGCACCGGCAUAUACAUGGGUGGGAUUCGGUGGCUUCCCGCGAAUACGUUCUUGAAAUGUCGUGAUAUCAGCCGACCCGUUCUAGUUUUAGAUCGGCAAGUUUUCUGAAAUGAGUGAACUUGUUGUUAGCAAGUUCGAUGCAAAAUUAAACUCGGUUUAUGAGAGUAGACAUCUUGGUGACAUAGCAAUACAAAGUGAGGAGAAGUGCUAGCAACAAAUUGCUCGACAUAAUCUUGCUUCCGCCAGGUCGAGGCACUGAACUAUAAAUUUAUAUAGAACGUUCUUCUCACUCGUUUGCGGGGUCUCCGACAGAGAGUCAGCAUUUAUGCUCCCAAGCUUACUUCGUAUUGCUUUUGGCAUGUUGUCCUACGUAAGUUUUGGAUGACGUAGUCACGUGGCGGUUAGAAAUGAUAUAUAUAUGCAAAAAUUGUUACGCCACGCCCACUAUAAGUUAUUGUUGCGGUUUCACGAAUCGUCGACUAAAAUAAUUACUAAUCAUUAAAUUAAUUCAGCGGUUUCCAAAAUGUG